AUGAAGUUCUCGUCUUCCGUUGUCUCUCUUUGCUUGGUAGCAGGAGGGCUCGCCGCUCCUCAAAUCACAUCGGACUCUCUCGUAUCCCGCCAAGUCGUUGAGGAAGGGAUCACAAAGCUCUGCAAGGGCCCGGCUCCGAAAUACAUCCCUGCUCUUGCUGCGGCCUGCAAAAAGGCAGGGCUGCUCAGCUCCCGUCAAGUCACCGAGGAAGGCAUCGAGGAGCUCUGCAAGUCCGAAGCUCCCAAAUACAUCCCCGGCCUCGCCAAAGCCUGCCAAGAUGAGGGCCAUCUCGACUCCCGUCAAGUAAUUGAGGAGGGGAUCGAGGAGCUCUGCAUGUCCGAGGCGCCCAAGUACAUUCCCGGUCUUGCCCAAGCAUGCAAGGACCAAGACCUCCUCGGCGGUCUCGGCGCCCGCCAGGUGGUGGAGGAUGGCAUCGAGGGGCUCUGCAAGACCGAAGCUAUCCAAUACAUCCCCGCUCUCGCUGCAGCCUGCCAAGAGACGGGACACCUUGAGUCUCGUCAAAAUGACGAGCAGCUUUGCAAGUCCGAUUCUCCAAGGCAAAUGCCUGCUCUCUACAAUUACUGCAAGAAGAAGGGCUACUAG